UAUUUACACCGCCAUUUUACCCACCCCAAUGAUGUGUCUUGGUCACACAACACACGCAUUGAUUUUAGGUCGAAGAAAUCCCGUGGUUGGAGGACAUUCUUGGUAGUGCCAGAACUGGAUCAUGAGCUUACAGUCUGGACGGAUCGUCGGCCAUUGUUCGAACAGUUGACUCAGCUUGACAACACCUUAGCUGACAUCUACAAACACUUGGAUGCUUCUUCAAAGAGCAAACCGCAAAUUCAUAGUGUUCUUCAACAAGUGAAGUGUAUUAGCCAUGAAAUGGAUCAGGAAUAUGGAGUUUUAGGCUCACUUUUCCGUGCCGGCUCACGAACCACAUUCUUCGCUUGCCAAGUUGAAAGGUAUUUUUUCCAAAGGUUCCGUACCUUACGAUCUGGGAAUCACCAGGAAAAGGGAGUAGACACGUGUGGACUGAAAUGA